AUGUCACGAUCAGGUAUGGAAUACGGGUCCUCAUUUCGAAACAUAAUUGAGGCCAAGGCGAACGCUGGGCUAUGUGCUGGGACGCUGGUUGUCCCAGACACAGCAGCCUUGAUGCCUCACCAUCAUCAGACUCGGUUCAUUGUGCACCCCAUCAUGUUAGGUUCGCGCCUCUACAUUGCAGUCUUCGCAACGUGCGGCGCCGAACUUUCCGAUAUCAGCUUACGCGUUCCAACUUACGUCAAGUGUCUUCGUAUCUCGCACCGUGCGGAGAGGGUGCCCGGGGACCAACUCCGAGUCUUCGCAUCGGCGGAGACAAGCGAGGCGACGAAUGCAAUGAAUGCGACAGUCGCAGUGUUUGAUAAUGACGAAAGAAUCGCUGAAGUUAGACCUGACAUUGAGAUAAUCGAAAUCAUGGCCACUAAGCUGCCAACCAAGGCUGACGGGAGAGAUAACCAUGUCCUGCGGGAGACCAUGGGAGCUAGCCCUCAGCCUCAGAAUUUUGUGCAACAUGAACGGCACUUGAAGUUAGAGAUCGGAACCCCAGGUUGCCUAGAUAGCCUCUAUUUCGCAGAUGAUGACAAGUUUGGGUGUGACAUUGGCGAAGAAGAGGAGGAGAUUGAAACCAAGGCUGCAGGUGUAAGUGGCAUAAUCGCACAAGAUUUCUAA